AUGUACGGCCACCUCCUACCCUUCUUGAGUCAGAAGCCGCUAAGCGUCAAUGCUGGGUUUCCUCAGUCUUGGUCAGAGCAGCUCCCUGUGCCUGUGGCGGGCGAUCGAUCAUUUGCCAUGGCCGUGGAGCGGAGCGUCCGAUUUGCACUGGUGCUCUCCGGCCUGGAGCCCACGGAAGCCAGCUGGUGGAGCAGCGUUGGCCUGCGUCGGGCCCUUGUGGAGUGCAUGCAGGAGGCUCUCAUGGUGCAGGGCCUCAGGCCCCCCGCGCCCGCGGAGUUUGCGCUGCUACGCGUGGGCGUGUCCUCAUUGGCUCGCUCUGCUGCACGAAGCAAACCUCGGCAAGAGGAGGUCAAGGGCGUCAUCGAGCAGGCUGACAGAAAAGCCCUUGCUUUGGAGCAUGCGCAGCGGAACGCCCGUUCCGUGCAACCUCCACAGCUUUGGGAUGACCUUUGGAGCGCAGCCUCCAGACAAGAUUGCCACUUCGGAGGUUUUGGCCGCAUGCUGUCGCAGGACGUCGAAGCCUUGAAGGGUGAGGCAAUCUGUUCCAAAGCAUCAUUAUAG